AUGUUCCCAUUUCUGAGGUGUGGGAAUUUGGACAUGGACUUGUUUGCCAAGGCUUACUCUUUCGUGGAGGACUACCGCCAGGAAGAGCUCGAGCACAUUAGGAAAGAGGUCAAGACUCUCAAACGCAAGAAGAAGAGGUGGGCUUCGGAACUUGCUACGCAGCUCAGCAGCGACGUGAAGCAAACCUUGAACCAGGAUAAGCAGCGAAGACACCUCGGGGAGAUGCGCGAGAUGGAGCGCUCUCUGAAGGCGGGUGAGCGCGAGAAGGUUCGCAAGACGGGCAAGGCGCCGUACUUCCACAAACGGGGUGCAGUACGGCGGCUGCUGGUGGAGAAGAAGAAGCAGGGCAAGACAGGCCUCGCGGCCGCGCGGAGAAACGCGAGCGGAAGCAGGCCUCGCGGGAGAGGCGGCGGCUGCCCUCGCGGCGCGACCAGGGCCAGUCAGCGUGAGCGUUGGCCUCGCCGCUCGGCCUUACCGCGCGGCGGCAAUCGGCUGCACGAGAAAGGAGCCCUUCGCCAGAGUGACGCGUGGUGCUGGGUCGGACGACGGGGGGAUUUGAAACCUGCCGUGCGCUCUCUUCGAGGCGUUGGCGCCACUGAGCCACAGGAGGCGUUGCGACAAUGA